AAGUAUUGAUUCAUAUAAGAAUAAAUGCAAAGCAAAGCAAAUGGUGGAUCACCUUCUCUAAAUAGACUCUGGUUUUUCUAACGUCCAGAAAAUCCAGGUUUUCAUUAUCUGAUUGCUUCUCCAGCUCUGUUACAGUCUUUCAAUGGAGGUUCAAACUCAGAGCUUCUCAACCGCCUUUGACCGUGUCCCAAUCACCGAUAAAUCUCCUUUUUCCUACUCCUUAAACCGCAUUACCCUCCCAUUUUCCUCUCCCCGGACGGAAAUGCCCCAUUCCCCUACCGCCGUCGAUUCCACCUCCCUUCGAAAUGGCUUUCCCUCCACAUCUAGCGCCGAUGGGGCCUUUCCUCCCUUCGCCCUGAACUCCUCUCCCAUCGAAUCUCUGAGGGAGCCGACAGCUGCCUUGAAACUCCAGAAGGUCUAUAGAAGCUACCGCACUCGCCGGAGGUUGGCUGAUUCCGCUGUUGUGGCCGAAGAACUCUGGUGGAGAGCUAUAGACUAUGCCAGACUGAAUCACAGUACUAUUUCUUUCUUCAAUUUCUCUAAACCUGAAACUGCAGCUUCUCGAUGGAGUCGAAUCAUGUUAAAUGCUUCAAAGGUGGGCAAGGGAUUGUCGAAGGAUGGAAAAGCACAGAAGUUAGCCUUUCAGCAUUGGAUCGAAGCCAUUGAUCCACGGCAUCGAUAUGGGCAUAACUUGCAUCUGUACUACGAAGAGUGGUGUAGAGGUGACGCCGGUCAACCUUUUUUCUAUUGGCUGGAUGUAGGAGAUGGAAAGGAUUUAGAACUAAAUGAGUGCCCGAGAUCGAAACUCCGGCAGCAAUGUAUUGUGUAUCUUGGACCUCAAGAGAGGGAAAAUUACGAAUACAUAAUUCUGCAUGGCAAAAUUAUCCACAAACAAUCUGGAAAACUCUUGGACACAAACAAAGGAUCUCGAGGAGCAAAGUGGAUAUUUGUCAUGUGCACUGCCAAGAAACUUUAUGCUGGUGAAAAGAUAAAGGGAAUGUUCCAUCACUCUAGCUUCUUGGCCGGGGGUGCAACAUUAGCUGCUGGAAGGCUGGCAACCGAGGACGGAGUUCUUAAGACCAUAUCAGCAUACAGUGGACAUUAUCGGCCAACAGACGUUAGUCUUGUCAGUUUCUUAUCCUUUCUUCAUGAGAAUGGAGUAAAUCUCGAUGAAGUUAAGAUCUACAAGGCCAGUGAAGAUUCUGAAAGCUAUAACCAUGAAGGUGGAGGCAACUUUGAAGGUUCUCCUAAAGGUGAAACCCUUGAGGAAGAUGAGAAUUAUAUAACAUCAAGCCAAUUAGCUGAAGUUUCCAAAACUGAGAACAAAACAGAAUACCAAAGGACAUUAUCUGGAGGUCUGCCGAGUCCAAGAGCUGAAGUCCCUACGACUGCCAUAUUGCAGAGGAUAAAUUCCAAGAAAACAGCAAAAUCAUAUCAACUGGGGCAUCAACUCUCACUUAAGUGGACAACAGGAGCUGGUCCGAGAAUUGGUUGUGUCGCCGACUAUCCUGUGGAACUUAGAGUACAAGCCUUAGAGUUUGUUAAUCUAACUCCAACAGUUCCCACAACACAAGGUCCAAAUGUUGCAUUACCUGCUGUAAAUUGCCCUUCUGAACUCUGCAAUGGCUAUCAGGAUCAUUCCUCUGAAAAGUAAAUUAAUAUUCCCUUGCUUCCUAUGGUUAAUGCUUAAUAUAUAGUAUGCAUUGUACUAAGUAGAUAUCUAUCUGCUGUCCAUUCUCACCUUUUCGUGGGCGAAUGUUGAAUCCUUAUCGAUAUUGUAAUGCCUCUCCCAACACUUUUGCUGUCCUGAGAUAUAAAUACAAAAACGUAAUGAAAUCUUUACCUCAUGCAAA